UCUGUUCUGCCCGGCACAGAGGACGAGAAGUCCGAGGCCCGCGAGUUUGAGGAGGACCAGGUGGCGGGGCGCCUGAAGGAGGACGUGCUCGAGCAGAGGGGUAGGCUGCAGAAGGCGGUGGCGAAGGAGAUCCAGGCCCCAGCCCCGGCCGACAUUCGAGUCUUACGGGGCCACCAGCUCUCCAUCACAUGCUUGGUUAUCACCCCCGACGACUUGGCCAUCUUCUCCGCCGCCAAAGACUGCACCAUCAUUAAGUGGAGCGUGGAGAGUGGACGGAAGCUUCACGUGAUCCCACGCGCCAAGAAGGGCGCGGAGGGGCAGCCCCCCGGCCACAGCAGCCACGUGCUCUGCAUGGCCAUCUCCUCCGACGGCAAGUACCUGGCCUCGGGCGACCGCAGCAAGCUCAUCCUCAUCUGGGAGGCCCCGAGCUGCAGGCACCUGUACACCUUCACGGGGCACCGGGACGCCGUGUCGGGGCUGGCGUUCCGCCGAGGCACCCACCAGCUCUACAGCACGUCCCACGACCGCUCGGUGAAGGUGUGGAACGUGGCGGAGAACUCCUACGUGGAGACGCUCUUCGGGCACCAGGACGCGGUGGCUGCGCUGGACGCUCUGAGCAGGGAGUGCUGCGUGACGGCGGGCGGCCGGGACGGCACCGUGCGCGUGUGGAAGAUCCCUGAGGAGUCCCAGCUCGUCUUCUACGGCCACCAGGGCUCCAUUGACAACAUUCAGCUCAUCAACGAGGAGCACAUGGUGUCGGGCGCCGACGACGGCUCCCUGGCCUUGUGGGGCCUCUCCAAGAAGCGGCCGCUUGCCCUGCAGCGGGAGGCCCACGGGCUGCGGGGGGAGCCGGGCCUGGAGCAGCCCUUCUGGGUGUCGUCAGUGGCCGCCCUGCUCAACACAGACCUCGUGGCCACCGGCUCCCACAGCGCCUGCGUGCGGCUCUGGCGGUGCGGGGAGGGCUUCCGGCAGCUCGACCCUCUCUGCGACAUCCCCCUGGUGGGCUUCAUCAAUAGCCUCAAGUUCUCCAGCGCCGGGGACUUCCUGGUGGCCGGGGUGGGGCAGGAGCACAGGCUGGGCCGAUGGUGGCGGAUCAAAGAGGCUCGGAACUCCGUGUGCAUCAUCCCCUUGCGGAGGGCCCCCAGGCCCACGGCCGCAGGCUCCUGACGCCCGUCCCCUAUUUAAGUCCUUCCCGCCCGCCCUGCCCUCUUGUAUUAAAAGUCUCCUCUUUUGGGCCUUGUCUCCUGCCCUUCUUGCCUGGGGGGAGGGGUGGCAGGGCCUGGGGAGGGCCACGCUCCGCAGUCUGUCUGCUCUGCCGGCUGGGGGGCUGCUUGCCCUCCGCCAGGAACUUGUAGACAGGCCCUCGGCGCUCCUGGUCCUGGACCCGCGCACCCUCAGUGACCUCGGGGGCAGGCGGUGGGUCUGAGUGACGUGAAGACAGCCAGGCCUCCAAGUCAGGCUGACCUGCCCCCUCAGGCCGGACGCCCCGGGGAGGGCGACUGCAGGUGCUGCCUGGGACGGGGCAGUGAGGCUGGGUGCCCUCCAGGAGCCGGCCGGCCGUGACCCUGCGGUGGGUGUGUCAGGAAUGUUGGCUCAGGCCCCUGAUUUCACCCACUGGGUGAUGCGCUCCUGCGUGGGGUGGAGUGGGCAAGCAGGUGGCCAGGCAGCUGGAGGUGCAGGCGGCACUGACGUCCCCUCGGGGGGAUGAGAAGGAGUGUUAGGGAUCCCUUAACCCGGGGUCGGGGGAGAGCCACAUGGCUCCCCUCCUGCCCCCUCACACCUGCCCCUGCCUCAGUUCCCUGGGCCAGGAGGUCUGGCUCGGACUGAAGGCCUAAAAAUCGUGUAGGAUUAGGGGAUGCCCAUGGGAUUCACUCCCCAUGUCCUGUCUCAGAAUGAGCUCAUUGAUGACAAACUUACCUCCUGAGUGACACGCCAGCAACACUGAGAUGCCCCUAAGAUGUGAACCAUUUCCUAUUGGCACAGCCCUAGGGAGUAAUUUUUUUGUUUUUAUUUUAACUUCAUCUAAAAAAAAAAUAUCAAGGUAUAAUUUAUGUAUAGUCGAAUGAAGAAAUUUCAAAUGGGCAGUUAAAUGAGUUCUGCAAAUGGAUAUAUCCCAUAAUCUACACCUCAUCAGCAUACAGAACAUUUCCAUCUUCCCAGAAAGCUCCUUCGUGCCUCUUUCUAAUGAAUCUCAGCUCUCAGAGGCAAGCACUGCUUGGUUUCCAUCACUGUAUAUCAGUUUUGCAUGUUUUAAAACUUCAUAUAAAUGGCAUUAAACAGUG